CCUCUCACUUCCACACGGAACACACACUGCCCCCGCUGCUGUUCCUCAUGUGGAGAGCCCAUUCCGCCGCCGGGGCUUCCAACCGGGCUGGACUCAGUGCCAAGCUGUACCUGGGGAAUUACUUACACUCUGAGAUCGUCUUUAUAACGACGCAGAAAGAAAGCGCGCGCGCGUCGGAAUGCCACGCUUCGGUAAAGAUUGAUAUUUGAUGGCUGGGAGCCUCCAGGCUCGCAUUCAAGAUUGACACCCGACAGGACACACUCCACACCAAUCUCCUGAGCGAGUUCCACCUGCUGCCAGAUAAAAACGCCCACAAGCUCCCGCUACAGCUGAUCGCCGCCAAACCGAGCAACAUACAGAACGCCCUCAGUCAAUCACUGGGGCAGGAAGGCUUUACCAUGGACACCGAGUCCACCUACUCCGGCUACUCGUACCACUCAGGCCGGUCGAGAGGAUCUCACAGACAUGGAGAGCGCAGCAGAGACCGACACAAGUCUCGCAGUAAAGACAGCAGUCGCUCAGAGAAGUCCGUCACCAUCAACGCUCCACCUGCAGAGCCCCUGUUAGGAGACCAGUCCAUGCGAGGAGAUGAAACCCAGGAUGACAACUGGGGCGAAACGACCACUGCCAUCACAGGCACUUCAGAGCACUCGCUCUCACAGGAGGACAUUGUGCGCAUUAGCAAAGACCUGGACGACAGCGUGGGUCUGGACUGUAAACGCUAUGUAGUCGUCUCCUUCUCUAUUAUCUUGACUCUGCUGGUGCUCCUGACGCCGUUGGCGUUCCUCAUCCUGCCGCGACUGCUGUGGCCCGAGAGGCUGCGUCCGUGCGGCACGGCCUGCGAGGGCCUCUUCAUCUCUGUAGCGUUCAAGCUGCUUAUUUUGUUGCUAGCCAUGUGGGCGCUGUUUUUCCGGCCAUCCAAGGCCAGCAUGCCACGCAUCUUCAUUUUCCGGUCAUUGCUGGUCAUGCUGGCCUUCCUGCUCGUGCUGUCCUACUGGCUGUUCUACGGAGUGCGCAUUUUAGACACACAGGAUGAGGAUUAUCAGGGCAUCGUGCAGUAUGCCGUGUCUCUGGUGGACGCACUGCUGUUCAUCCAUUAUUUGGCGAUAGUGCUGCUGGAGCUGAGGCAGCUUCAGGCCUGUUUCUCGCUCUGUGUCACACGCUCUACAGACGGAGAGAUACGACAUUACAACCUGGGACAGCUCAGCAUCCAAAGAGCAGCUGUGGCUGUCUUGGAGAACUAUUACAGAGAUUUCCCUGUACAUAACCCAGCACUGCUCACAGCCUCCAAAUCACGUGCUGCCAAACACCUGGCUGGCCUCAAGGUCUACAACGUGGACGGUCCAGGAGGCAACAACGCCGCCGCUGCUGGAAUCUCUCAGUCCCAGUCUCGUGCCAUGAUCGCUGCUGCCGCCCGCAGGCGAGACUCCAGCCACAACGAGCUGUACUAUGAGGAGGCCGAGCACGAGAGGCGUGUCCGUAAACGCAAGGCCAGACUGGUGGUGGCCGUGGAAGAGGCGUUCACACACAUCCGGCGUGUGCAGGAAGAGGAACAGAAGAAGUCUCCAGGAGACGUGAUGGACCCUCGCGAAGCAGCACAGGCAAUCUUCCCAUCCAUGGCCAGAGCGCUGCAGAAAUACCUGCGUACAACACGGCAGCAGCACUGCCACAGCAUGGAGAGCAUCCAGCAGCACCUGGCCUUCUGUAUCACACACAACAUGACACCGAAGGCUUUUUUGGAGAGCUACCUGACCCCAGGCCCGACGCUGCAGUACGGACGCGAGCGCUGGUUCGGCCGUCAGUGGACGCUCAUCAGCGAGGCAUCUGUAAACAGCGGCCUCAAGGACGGCACAGUCUUCCUGCUCAAGUCUGUAGACUUUAGCCUGGUGGUCACUGCCAAAAAGAUCCCCUACAUCAGGCUGUCUGAGGAGUUCAUCGACCCCAAAUCACACAAGUUCGUCCUGCGGCUACAGUCGGAGACCUCGGUGUAGACCAGCAGCUUGUGGUAUCGUCCUUAUUUACACACAACCCUUUUUUUUUCCUUCAAAAUUAUUCUGUUAUUUGGGGGGGGUUUGCAGUUGUAUUAUGUUGUCAUUUUUUUAUAUAUAUAAUAUAUACAUAUAAAUCUGUAUACCACAUAUUUGAAUAUAUUUCCUUUUUUUUUUCUUUGCUUUGUUGAUUGGUGACAUAAAUGGACAUGUUGAUGAGGGAUAACAUGACACAAGAGUCAACAUUCUUUUUCUAUAAAAAAAAAAAGAGAGAGAGAAUACAGAAAAAAAGAAGAAGGAGAAAUAAACUCAGUGGACCGGUCAUGACGGUGGACGGCCCCAGUACAAAGCGUCCUUUCUGCUGUUACUCUGUAGCUCUGACGGACCUAUUCAGGCACAUCACUGUAAAUCAGAGCAAACUCCUCCGGACCGGAUCCCUCCGGAUAUCCAGGUGUGGGCAUAACAGAACUCCCAGAAUGCUCCACUUUCUGGUGCAGAUUUUUGGAGGUUCAUAUAGCAAACCUUUUUUUUUUUUUUUUUUCUACUGUAAGUGCAAACUAACUCUUGGUGCUCUUUAAAACACAUUCGUACAUUUGUAUUUCUGCUGAUGAUACACACCAUGAUCCCGAUCAUCUAUUCCACUCUUUCUUUAUUAUUUUAUCCACAUAUGCACAAUGUACAGAGGUGUGAGGUGUUGGUGUGUAUCUAUUGGAGACAAGUUUCGUGUUCAGCUGGUCGCAAAAUACGAUGAAAGGUCAUGUGAUGAAAGUGGUGGUUUUGUUCUUUUAGCAUUUAGAGUCACUGAAUUUAAUCCAAAGGCCAAAAAACAAGUCACUAAAAAAGGUCAAAGCUGCAAAUUUCCAAUUUCCAACGACGUUGCGCUAAAACGGUCAGUUCUUGUAAAUGUUUGAGUAAGGAGCUGAUAAAUGAGCGGGUUCGACUCCUUGUCAGAUUAUGGACCAUUUGUUUAGACACUGAUUUAAUCAUAUUAGUGUCUUUCAGCAUUAAUAAAGAGUUCCGAUUUAAAGAACAAACAUAUUUAUUAACUAAGAGAAUAGUUUGACCAAAAACACUAAUGUGGCUAAUGAAACUAGCAUGUCAUGCUAGUAGUUAUGCUACUCAGUUUUAAUGUUGCUUUUAUUUGCCUUUUUUUUUUGGUAGAACUAUACCACUAACAGUCCGAAGCACGGACUUUUGGGGGUCAUUCUGACUGACCUGAGGUACAUUUUAGCAGCAGAUAUGACCGUGUCCUGCUCUCUUAACUCUUUACUUGUUGUUGUUAAAAAUAUGGCCAAAGAUAGACAUUAACUGAUUCUCUAUAUGGUGUUUAAUAAAAAAAAAAAGUAUCAUAUGGUUAUUGGUUAUGGACAGCACUUAAAAUGAUUGUAGAGAUUCGGACUAAUCAGUAA